AUGCAAAUAGACUUAUCGCCAAUUUCUCUUAGGGCAUUAACUGCUUGUCGAACGACUGUGGGUCUUUGCCAAUUGUCAGCAAGAUAUUCGAUUUCUAUAUCGAUGCUUCAAAGGCUGGGAGGGGCAGGAUUCAGAGUUCGGUCGCGCUUACAUUCUACUCAAUCUAAGCGUUGGGAACGAUUGAAAGCUGCUGCUCAGAAACCACACAGGUCACACUUACUAUCUUUAGAAUAUUGGAUUGGAAGGAAGGGCUUCGCUUUCCGAUCGCUUUUUGAGGCCGGUUUGGAUGAGCGUGGGCAAGUUCGGGAUUCACUAUCGCUUUCCGCUUGGAGCGGCUCACCCCCUUGUCACUUAAAGGGCGAAGUCGCCGAAGCGAGUCGAAAGGCCAAAGAGUCAUCUUUGAAGGCUACUAUGCAUCCUUAUUCAUAG